CCUCUGCACCACUGCCUUUGUUGUGUGUGGAUGUCCGGUUUCAUGUCUUUUAUUUGUAUUUUAUUCUAAUGUUAUUUUGCCUUCAUCUUUGCCUGCUGAAUGCACUAUGUACAGCACUUUGGUCAGUGCAAACUGUUUUAAAUGUGCUUUUAUAAAUACAUUUUACUUACUUACUUACAUGAUGAUCCACACUUAUUUUCACCCGAUCUGAAUUGGAACGCCCUACGUACUCAAACUAAGGCUAGUAAGUACGGAUAGUAGUAUGGAUAUUGGAACACAUCAUAGCCUAGCCUUCCUCUGCUCUGAGGAAACAUUGUUACAAACUAACUAAAAAAACUGUUAGGAAAAGUUACCUUGUUAAUUCUCGAGGAGUAAACUUUCUCAAUGCUUCUGCUCAUUAGCACACAGCCUCGCCAUAUGAACACAAACUUGUUUUUUUGGCCAUUGAAAUGAAUAACGUAGUUAUAGCCUAUUGUUGGCUUAUCAUGAGAUCACAGCUCACUGUUUUUCCAUGGACAACAAAAAGAAAGUCAGGUAAAAACAAAGAGGGAUAGUAUGCCUGCCUGCCUGCCUGCCUGCCUGCCUGCGUGUUGUGUGCGUGUUGUGAUAUCCUUAAUUGAACCCAUGCGACGAAAAACCGUAUAAGUCCAAAAAAUAAAAAAAACGAGAUAACCAUAUAACAUGAAUGUAUGUGUGACACGUUGUAUACAGAAGCAGUUUGGGGGUGGUGGUCGCGCGAUAAAUACUAGUAUUUUAAACUUUAAAAUAGUCUCACGCGGAAAAAACGUUUAUGUCCACUGAUGAAAAUGGAGACGCCGGCAACGUUCGUGUCCGCUGCAGACAUUAAAAGGCAAAACCUUGGCAAAAAAAGGAAAGCACACAUAAAUGAAUGGAAGGACAGAGCCAGGAAGACUUUGAGGGAUGCUGGGAAACCAUACGUGAACCGAAGAGGAGUCCUGAAACGAGGGAAAAGUCCACCGAAAGAGCACGAGGUGAGUCGCAGACGACCACGUGGGCCUGACACUGAAGAUCCAAAGAGGAGGUACACCUUUAAGUACCAUGUCCAACAAGGAAGCAAAAGACUGAGCGUUUGUAAGCUCACAUUUAUGUCAGUCUUUCAACUGACCAACAGUCGCCUACAGGCAAGUUUUAUAUAGCCUUAUGUUUUCCAUUUAACUUUUCAUUACAUGCAUGCUUUUAAUGAGAUACAUUUUCCAUAACAUAUUUACUUAAAGUUACUUAUAUUUGAAAAGGUUAUUCAAGAAAAGUUAGGCAGUCAGACUGAGGGAACAGAGCAGGUAGCUGAAGUCAGAUCUCCAUUAGAGGACUUAAGAGGAAAGCACAAGAACAGGUAAGUUAUUAUCCAAGCCUAGUCUAAGUGUUAUCGUGAAAGACUUCAUGCUGUCAGGAAACAUAUUUUUGCGCUUUGAGAUCGAUAUCAGAAGUGAAGUGCUAUGCAAUUAUAAAGUAUGAUUAUUCUUUGUAUCGUUUCAACAUGUGGAUCUUAAUGAUUGUAUGUUAAAACAAAAUCCUAUGUUAGAAUUACACAUUUAUGGUCACAGAAACAAUCAACAAUUGUGCAAAACAGACCAGCAUAGUUUAUUGUAUUUCCCUUGUUCAUGAGUUGUGUUUUUUUUAGGCCUCAUAGCAUUCAUCCUGCAGUGAGAGAGGAGAUAAGAGAGCAUAUCCUGAGUUUCCCACGCCAACCGAACCACUACUCACGGAUGAAGGGAGAUGUGGAGAGGGAGUACCUGAGCCCUGAUUUAAACCUGCUCCGCAUGUACCGCCUGUACAAGGAAAACAAUCCAACAUCCACUGCAAAGUUCUGGCUCUAUAGGGACAUCUUCAAGCAGCAGAACCUCUGUUUUGGGCAGCCAAGAAGUGAUACUUGUGGGAAAUGUGACGCCCUGUUCUCCAAAUUAACAGCGGCUACAACCGACGGAGAAAGAUCAAAGAUUGCAGCUGAGAGUGAGCUUCACCAUCGCAAGGCUGAAAAAGCAUACUCCCAGUUGCAGGCUGACACAGAGUGGGCCAAAGCCAAUAACGACUGCCAUGUAAUUUGUAUUGACAUGCAGGGGGUAGUGUACACGCCAAACCUGACACACUCCAACGUGUACUACCAACGACAGCUGGCGAACUAUAACUUCUGCAUCCAGGAGAUGGGCACCGGCAGUCCUCCUACAAUGUGCCUCUGGCAUGAGGGCAUUGCGCGCAGAGGUUCAAUAGAGGUGGCAAGCUGCCUUUUGAAGUGGGCAGAAGCAUCUUUUGCUCCCCUUGUCCAGGCGAAGGAAAGGAAACUUAUCAUCUAUAGUGACCGAUGCUGUGGGCAGAACAAUAACUGGAGAGUACUUAACCUCAUGGCCCUGCUCGUAUCUAGAGGGUACUUCAGCCAGAUAGAGCAGAAGUUCGUGGUAUCUGGUCACUCCUUCCUUCCCUGUGACCGCUCCUUUGCCACGCUGGAGAAGAGGCGUAAGGUCUCCACGCUCGACACCCCCAGCGAUGUCACCGAGAUGAUCCGGGGAGCCAGGCAGCAGCCAUUCAGCGUGAUAGAAAUGCAGUGUGCAGACUUCAGACAGCUCCCUGAUGCUACUCUAAAGCGUCCACCUGGCUUCCUAAUCACAUCCAUGAUGUGGUUGAAAGUGACAGCUGCUGAUCCAUGGUGUGUCCACACAAAAGGCAGCCACAGCCACUAUGAGGGAUGAAAGACUUGGCUGAUCACCAAGCAGAGGAAGAAACAACCACCUCAAGCUCCCUUGUUUUCCACCACAUACGCUCGCACAUACGAGGACCCUCUCCCUGUCAAAAAGGAGAAGCACCAU